AUGGGUCAAAAGAAGAUAGAGAUAGAAAGGAUUGUUGAUCCACAAAAGAGAAUGGUAACUUUUUCGAAAAGAAGAGAAGGUAUCAAGAGUAAAGCUACUGAACUAUGCAGGUUAUUUGCAGAUAUUAUUGUCUGCAUAAUCGUAUUCUCUCCUGGUGGAAAGGCUUACACCUUUACAAAUUCUCCAGUGGGUGUUUGUAAUAUGGUUCAACGGUUCCUUGAAGAACAGAGGAAAGGUAAGAAACAAGAAAGUGAGAAUGUUCAUAGAAGUAAGAAUUCUACACAAUGCAGAAACAAGGCUGGUGUUGGGAAUGGGAGUAUUGAUAGCUUUUGGUGGGACAAUAUAGACAAUGAAGAACUCGAUUCUGUGGAGAAGUUAAAGUCUGUGAAACAAUCUUUGGAAAAACUAAAACAAAAUUUGUGUGCAAGAAAAGAGGUACUUAUUGCAUCAUCUUCGUCAUCGUCGUCUUCAACUAUUGAAGACUUGAUCAUUGAUGAAGACUGUAUCAUUGAAGACAGAAUUGUGGAAGAUGCCGCAACAACUAUUACUGAAAAGCAUGAAGCUAGGGAGGCGUGUUGCAAAGAUCAGCCUAAUCUUGAUCUUAGUCUUAAUCUUGGGUGGUAG